AUGUCACAACCCACUUCGGAACCCAAAGAGUCCCCCGCUGCCGCUGCUGCUGGUUCAGCAGACACAACACCGGCUCCGAGGAGGGCGUCAAGGACAGGCUGGUUCGACGUCCCAGCGCCUCUGGCCCGGCUGUUUAGAAGGUUCCCGCUUGUCACAUAUCCCGCCAACCACUUGCCGGUUCGAUCUCCGACGCAUCGCCACCUCCCGACGCUUUACGUGUUUUCCUCCGACUACGAUGCUGUACGAGGACUGCCAAGCUUUAAUCCUUCUUGUCUGAAGUGGCAGACGUUUCUGAAGCUAGCCGGAGUCGAGUUCCGGAUAAUAUCAUCCACCAACCAUGCGUCACCCACAGGUGCAUUGCCGUUCCUGAUCCCUCCCUCAUCGUCCGGCGAUAGCGGCUCUCAAGUCCCCGUGCCCUCGAAUAAGUUGGAACGAUAUGCGCUGGACCAUGGCGCACAAAAGGUGCCUGAUAUAGACACAUUGCGCCUCGAGGCGUACCAAUCGCUACUCGACCACCGGAUACGAAAUGCUUGGCUAUAUACUCUCUACCUAUCACCCGCCAACUCGCAGCUUCUGUCCAAGCUCUACGUGACACCCGUAUCCGCAACGGGCCUUGUCCAGAUGACCGUUCGAUACCAGCUACAACGUGCUGCAGAGGCAGAGAUACUACAGUCUGUGGGGGCAGUCAAGGUAGACCCCGAGGUUCUGUACAGGGACGCGGAGCAAGCAUUCGAUGCCCUCGCGGCCGCGCUGGGGUCGGGCGACUGGUUCUUUGGAAACUCGGGACCAGGCCUCUUCGACGCAGCCUUGUUUGCUUUCACGCACCUGCUGCUGGAUGAGUCUCUGCCUUGGGUGGAUACUCGCCUAGGCGACUCGUUGCGUAAGUUCAAGAACUUGGUCGACCAUAGAGACUGGAUAUUGGCCAAGUGCUGGCCUGAAUUGAGCGCCCAGUGA